AGAAGAGGUUAAAUAGAAUAAUUCUAUUGAUACAUUAUCUAUUGUAUAUAUUAUUAUGUACAUAUUAUAAUACAAUAUAAAUAAUAUAUUAAUUAUAUUUUAUGAAUAAUAAUUUAUUCAAAUAUUUUAAUUAAUUCUUGCAUCAUAGGUAAUUUUUUAUUUUAACGAUACUUAUUAAUUUCCAAAGGAAUAGUCAUUUACAUGAUUUUGUCCCCCUCUAUGUAUUAUCGUUACAAACGAAAAGAGUUCAGAAAAAAACCAAUAGAUUGCGCGUAUGUAGUCAAGAAUAUAAUCAAGAAAAAUAAGAACAGGGCUUAAGGUUGCUUAAAUAUCGCCAUUUCAAUUAAUGGCUAAUAUUCAUAUUUGCGACUGUUCUUAAAAUUUGUUUUGUUUUAUUCUCUGUUCUGUUUUUCGAUUUUAUUUUGUAAGAAUAGCAAAUGAUUGAUCAAGCAGAAAAAAAUAAAAAUGGGAAAGCCAGCAUUUCUUUUUUAACUUUAAUUAUUAACUUCUGUAGAUUCAAAUAACAUAAAAUAUGUACUGGUUCUUGUACUUGAGAUAUUAACCGCGAGAUCGCGCAUCACUUCAUUAUGUAUUUCCCGCGCAUUUUAGUAGUUUGCUAAGAUACGAACGAAUUUGCACGUGACGUGAAAAUUAAUUUGCAAUGAAUGUUAUGGUAAAUUUUGUGUUUUGUGAUUUUUAUGAGCAUUGUGACAUUUAAACCAAUAGUCGUUGUGAAAUGUCUAUGCGAUAAAACCCGUUUGCGUGUAGGCUGCGUUACAAAAUAUGAUAGCAGUGUUCUGUGUGAAGCGUGCUUCAGUUUGCUAUGUGGAAUGAAGAAAAAAAGAUGGAGGCAAAGAAAAAAAAAAGAAAGGAAAGAAAAAUGAGAAAUGAGGUUUUAAUGAGGACGCUGGGCGUAGCGGCGACGAAAUGAAGCAUGCAGCAUGCGUGGUAGCGGUGUCACGGCUGCGCGGUCCUGCCUUCAACCCCUGGUGUCCGCCAGCCGCUACCUCGCCGUUCAAGCCCUUCCUGGUGAUCCUCUUUACUUCGUCGUUGAGGCGAAGUCGAGAGUGAAGGAGGUGUACGCGCAGACAUGCAUGCUUCUCGGCCAGCAGGGCAUGCGAGACUGCGAACUGUUCGGCCUGGCAAUAUUGUCCGACGGCGAGUACCUGUUCGUCGAUCCCGAGAAUAAAUUAAGCAAAUACGCGCCGAAAAACUGGCGAAGCUCUCAUACAUACGGCUUGGACAGCAGCGGAAGGCCAGCUUUCGUCCUCUACUUUCGCGUCCGCUACUACGUCGACACACCGUUGCUCCUAAGCGAUGAAACGACGCGUCACCACUAUUACCUGCAACUGCGCGACAAUGUCGUCAGGCAUGGCGGUGGGGUGGAGAGCCUCCAUCCUCACCAUCCCUUGCACGAACCUUCUAUCGUUACGCCCCUGCUCACACUCGCGGGUCUUGCCCUACAAGCCGAUCUUGGGGACUAUUCCGAGGAACGACACAGACCACACGCAGGACCUGUGGGAUAUUGCAAACCUACGGAUUACCUUCCGCCUCACAUGUGUCUCGAGUCGAAUGUGCUCGCCGUGCUCGCGGCACAGCACAGGGACAAUCGGGGCCUCUCGAGGGAGGAGGCAGAGUUGCAAUACAUCCGGGAGGCGGUGCUGCUGGAGGCGCCGCUCAACGCUCACCUCUAUCGGUUACGAAGAAGCAAGAACGAGGCAGGUCCUGGACGUAUACUCCUCGCGAUUUGCGCUCGUGGGGUGCGAGUCUACGCCGAGGAGGAGACACCGCGUGUCUUUGCCUGGAACAAUAUCGGCAAACUUUGCUUCGACCGCAAGAAGUUUGAGAUACGCGCAGUCGACCAGCCGGACAAGCUCACCCUCUAUAGUGGGUGCGAUGACAAAAGCAAAUUGCUUCUGGGACUCUGUCGAGACACCCAUCAGUUCUCUAUGGCCAUAGCACCUAGAGUAAAUGAAGCGAAGAGGCGAGAAGAGGAAGAGAGAAAAGUACUUCGCGACUGUUAUAUGUAUCCUGCGCGAUGCAAGCUGAGUUUAACAGCACGAGGGGCGCGCGGUGACCAACGAAUUUCUGUUAUCUCGAGCACAUCGUCUAACACAACUUCUGGAAUUGUUAGCGAUCGAGUUCAUAGCGAGGACGAGCCAGAUACGGCGCCCGCUUCGACCGAAUGUCUGCCACGUCUUACUGAAAAUACUUCACACUCCGGUGUUCAGUGCGGUGUAAAUGGAUCGAAUGCGGACGUCGAGGAUCGUUCCAUGCCGUCAUCCCCAGUCUCCACUGUGGAUGAAGUUGAUGGUACGGAUAGCACUCCUACAACGGUUGCGUUACGAUUAGCAUCGAGUGCAGCUACGGCGGCUGAAGGGUCACAAUGUAGCAGCAGCUGCAGUACGGUCGUGGUUGUGAAUACACCUGCUGGUGGACCGCCGCGAAUGCGGCGCACAUCCGCGACUUCCAGUUUGGAGCUUGGUUAUUCGCAUACGGCACAGAAUUCAGCAGUUUCGUCAGAAACUGCUAGCUUUCCUGGCGCCAUUUACGACAGGUGCAAGAAAGGUGGUAAAUACGCAGGCACUGAUAUUGCGAGUGAAACUAGUGGAGUCUAUACACUCAGGAGUAGUGAAAUGCAAGAUGAAAGAAUGGGAGAUCUAUAUUCACCUACCGGUGAUGUCAAUGGAUCUUCCACAGCGAGUGAUGUAUGUGCCUUAAGUUCCGUACAGUCUACAACCGAUGAAGCUUCCGUAACAUCCGGUUUUUAUACCAUACACAGUGGUCUUAGAUCUGAAACUAGCGACGUUUACACGGAAGAUGUGGGUACAGAAGAUCAAGAACCUAUUUACAGCGUCUGUAAAGGUGAUGAAGAUGUCAAUAACAUGAUGUCUACAAUCUCGGCGGUCCCUUUGGAUCAACAACUUGAAGAUUCUAGAUCACGUAGCAAUAGUAUACUUAGUGCAGGAAGCUUCAGAGGUGACGGCAGUGAUCCUUCCAGUGUUGGACCUCUGUUAUCAGCCGAUGAACUUUCUGACUUGAUUGUUGGACGUUAUCCCCCUCGAAAAACUAUUAGCAAUUCUAUGGACUCUGAUUGCGAUUACGUUACUAUGCCUCCACCACCUCCACCACCUAGGACCGAUAGCGACAGACAACUUCCUCCACCUCCUCCUUACCCAGUGAACAUGGAUUAUGCAACAAUAAAUUCACCACGGUCGAACAUACCCGAUAUUGAAAGAGAACCUCCGCCUCCACCUCCAUAUAACGCUACUCGCGGUGAAUUUAUACCUUUGCCACCACGAAGAACUGAUCCACCACCACCGCCACCAUAUACUUCACCAAGAGAAAGAAUUCAAAUACCACCGCCUACACCUCCAAGAAACGAUGCGGUGACACCUAGAGAACCUCCACCUCCACCACCUUAUCCUGAAGUUUCGGAGAUCACUCGACAAGAAGCAAUUUCCAAAUUAUAUCCAAGCGAAGAAAUCGUGUCAAGGGUAACUUCGACGAAAAUACAAACGGGUCUAACAAAUACCAAAAUGAAUGCCACUUUGACAGCUUCAAAGACUACCAACACCACUCAAACGAACGACAUUGCGUCAAUCGCUCCGAAACCACCACCCAGAAUUCAGCCACCCACCUAUCCUGGUGACAAAAUGAAACCCACGCCGGUUCAUGCUCCCGUCGCAGCUCUUGUUGUUGGACCAAACAAUUAUUUGGAUGUUCACGCUUCACGAGGUGGUCCAGUUUUGUUACCUUAUUUAACACCACCGCCACCUCCACCACCUCCUCCACCACCCAUGAUACAUCCUAGACAACCCCCACCUCCACCACCCAGCUUAGCUACGGUUUACACGAGUCAGGUAGCGAGAUCGCAGAUCGAACAAUAUAAACAACAACUAUAUUCAGACGUUGAUUACGUAAUGUUUCCUUUAAAAGAUCCCGCAGUAUCGAAACAAGAGUACAUCGACGCAAAGCAAGGAUCACUUUUGGCAGCCAUGGCUGCUUAUCCUCCCCCUCCUUAUCCUUCGUUUAAUAAUAAAUCAUUGGUAAUGUAUCGUAGCACACCAUACCUUCCUGGUUCCUCGUUUUCAUCACCCACAAAAUACGCUUCAAAUCAAAAUCUCAGUAGCAGCGACACGAGCUCUAAUAAUUAUUUACCGCAUAGUAACCUGAGUAGCCACUAUGCUGCUAGUACAAGUUCGUUAUAUAGUGGAGCUACUUGUUCAUCGGCAGGAAGUCAAAGUCUUAGACGUGAACCAUCAGCUGCAGCUCAUACCCAUACGCUCCACGCUUUCUCCAGAACAAGAAGCGACGAGAACAUAUUAAAGUGUUUCGAUUCAUCUACUAAUACAAAGCUGCAGUCUCUGCCACAAUUGAAACAUCGUAGACUUCCGCCACCUCCACCGCCACCACCUUACGAAAUUCAGAAUCUUGAAAAGAAUCAACCACUUCCGUCCUCUUCUUCGUCAUCUUCUUCACCGAAGAAGACGUUAAAAACAAAUACUGUGGAGGAACGUGAAGAAGGGAAAGAAGACGGAAUGUUGGAUAUUCGAACACUUCGCGAGAAAAGCCGUAAUUUAGAUUUGCCACUAAUAUCAGCGUUAUGUAAUGAUCGAUAUCUAUUAAAACAAACGAAAGCAUUCGUUAUGCCCAAGCAUCCUGCUGAGCCGACUUCCUCGACGUCUUCAAAGAACGGCACGCGAAGCAGCAAUGGCGGAACAUCUAGUAGAAAUAAAUAUCCAGUUAGCGGUCUUUCUACGACACAAAUCACUAAACCUCCGAGGAAAUCAUCGACGAGUACUCACAAACACCCCGCAGAGGUGAAGGGCAAUGCUUAUAAGAUCACGAAUUCGACAGGUGUGUCGGCUGUUAAAAAGGAUCCGACAAGGGCGUCACAUUCGUAACAGACAAUAGAGAAAAAGAAAUAGAGUUUAUCAGUCUUGCGACGCUAUGAAAAUUUUAUACCUCGAUCAAAGUACAUUCCACAAAGCUGUUCAAACGAUUCCAUAACUGUUAUACUCUAUCCAUAAAAUAACAGACAGCAGCGAAGAAAAGGUCUUAACACCUUAAGUACUUAAAUAGCGUUUCUAAAUAAACCGUGCUUCUUCAACUCAGGGUGCCAUUUUAUCGUUUACAAUUCUUUUGCUCGUCGCAAAUACUCAAGGAAGAAAAAGAAGUUCGAUGAUAAAUUAAACCUUCACAAAGUUUAAAACAGCAACGAAGGUGACUGUUACGUAAUAUCUUUUUUCUUAAAUAAUUUCGUUCUUAUGAUCUCUCUGAUACUUCUGAAAAUUGUAUUUCUUCUUUGCAAACAAAGCUUUUCUUUCGUACGUAGAAUAGUUGAAAUACACCGAUAAUAAAAAUGUUUAUUAACUUUUUUAUUUUUGCUCAAGUAAGCGAUUAGCGCGAAGUGAAAAAAUUGAAUGCGAAGUUUUGUAAAUCUUGAUAACGACAAAGCGUGACAAACGCACUUGCGUUAUAUAUAGUUAUUGAUAUUAGGACAACAAUUUGUGUAAGUACUAAUUACACAGAUAUUUUUAUACUUUGAAUGAAAGCAAGUAUGAGUAUUGUAACUAUUGAAAUAGUACCUUUUUUGAUGUCUACGAAAAUAAUAUUUAUUACAAUCCAGAAGAUUCUUGUCUUUGUUUUUUGUCUAUAUUUUCUUUUUUUUUGUUUUUUGUUUUUUUGUUUUUUUGUUUUUUUUUUUUUUUUUUUUUUAAUUCAAUCAAUGCUCGCUUUAUGAUACUUUUUCUAUCAAAGCGUUUUUUAAGCAUUUGCGUGUACGUAACUGUAAGUGUAGUCGUUUAUUUAGAAAAGUUUAAGCAUUAAAUAUAUUCGGUAAAAAAAAUUUUAUUUUUUUUUUCAGUGAUUAAACAUUGUUAAGAGAGAAAUAUUAUACGAAUUCUCGAAUUUUGAUAAUUGAAUAUCACGAGAAAUCUUUCUUACUAAAGUUUAUACUGCACUACAGAACACGUACUAGAAAAUAACAUGUGACAAUUAAAAUGAUAUAAGAUUUGCGCGAAAAUGAAUCUUUUGAAUAUUAAUAUUAUAGAUCUUAAUGUAAUGAAUAAUAAUUUAGUUGUAACGUUGAAUUAUGUUAAUUAAUAUUACAUUAAUAUUACAACAUGACCCAUGUCUGUAAAUAGUAAAAUCAUAGGACUUGUUGUAGUUGAAAACCUCAUGUAUGUACUACGCGUCACCUCAGCUACGAAUAAUAAACUUUUUUUAUAAUGAA